UUUUUCAAAACGACCAAUGAACGGCUGUACAUGAGUGCUUUGACUCGAAUGGCCCAAUCAGAGGUCCCGCUGCAGGAAUUUAAAGGUCUGUGCGACAUUUUGUGAGUAUCAUAGCGCCUGUUCUAGAACUGGGUAUUACACCACUACAAGAGGUUCUCUCUGCUGUUCCUAAUCUCCCAACAUGUCCGAGAACGUCGCACGCCUGAACAAGUUCAAGAACAAAGGCAGAGAUGCCAACGAGCUCCGACGCCGGAGAGUCGAGGUGAACGUCGAGCUUCGAAAAGCCAAGAAAGAUGACCAGAUGUUCAAGAGGAGAAAUGUGGCCACAGCCCCCGAUGAGGCGACUUCUCCCCUCCAGGAAAGAAACCAGAACUGUCAGACCUUCAGACAGUGGACUGUAGAGGAAAUCGUUGCCGGACUGAACAGUGAAAAUCGUGAGGCCCAGCUCCAGGCAACCCAGGCUGCACGGAAGCUGCUGUCCCGUGACAAACAUCCUCCCAUUGACCAGAUGAUAAAUGCUGGUCUCAUACCCAAGUUUGUCGCUUUCCUCGGGCUGAACGACUGCCCUCCUAUUCAAUUCGAGGCGUCUUGGGCUCUGACAAACAUCGCCUCCGGGACGUCUGAUCAGACAGCUGCAGUGGUGGAUGGUGGGGCCAUUUCUGCCUUCAUCAGCCUGGUCACCUCCCCCUACCAGCACAUCAGCGAGCAGGCGGUCUGGGCACUUGGAAAUAUUGCUGGUGAUGGAUCAGCUCUUAGAGACAAGGUGAUCAAGCAUGGUGCAGUGGCCCCUCUGCUCAGUUUGCUGGCAGUGCCUGACCUGACUGUAUUCAGUCCUGGCUACCUGAGAAAUGUGACCUGGACUCUGUCCAACCUCUGCCGCAACAAGAACCCCUCCCCACCUAUGAGCGCGAUCGAGCAGAUGCUACCCGCCCUCAUCCAUCUCCUGCAACACGAUGACCUGGAGGUGCUGGCCGACGCAUGCUGGGCUGUGUCUUACCUGACAGACGGUUCUAAUGAUCGCAUCGAGGUGGUGGUCCGGACCGGUUUGAUUCCUCGUCUGGUGAAACUGCUUGGUUUUCAAGAGUUGCCUGUAGUUACUCCAGCGCUCCGUGCACUUGGCAACAUUGUGACGGGCACAGACGAGCAGACCCAAGCUGUACUCGACGCUGGUGCCCUAACUGUGUUCCCUCAACUGCUGCGCCACAAAAAGGCUAACAUUCAGAAGGAGGCAGCCUGGACGCUGUCCAACAUCACAGCGGGAAAGGACGCCCAGAUCCAGGAGGUCAUCGAUGCAGGCCUUGUUCCGUACAUGGUCGAUAUGCUUGUGCGAGGUGACUACAAAACCCAAAAAGAGGCUGUGUGGGCAGUAACAAACUUCACCAGUGGGGGCACUGUUCAGCAGGUGGUCUACCUCGUCCAAGCCAAUGUUCUUGAGCCUCUCUUGAAUCUGCUUUCCUCCAAAGACAGCAAAACUGUUCUUGUCAUUUUGGAUGCAAUUACAAAUAUCUUCAUGGCUGGAGACAAAAUUGGAGAGUCGGAUAAACUGAGUCUUAUGAUUGAAGAAUGUGGUGGGCUGGACAAGAUCGAGGCACUGCAAUCUCACGAGAAUGAGAUGAUCUACAAAGCUGCACUCAACCUGAUUGAGAAGUACUUCUCUGAAGAGGAAGCCGAGGUGCAGUGUGUGGUCCCUGAAGCUACUGAAGACGGUUACGCUUUCCAGAUCAGUGAAAACCAGAGCACUUUUAAUUUCUAAAUGACUUGUUCCUUUCCCUCUGUACUGUACCUCCACUGCUACAGUCUGUUCUGUGUUCAUGUGACUUUUUGCUAAUAUUUGUAUGUAUUGUACAUACUUUCUAUCUUUCUUUUUCGUUUUUUUUUUAUAAGGAUCAGAACAAGUGUGUGUAAAUAAAGUUGUUGGAUCAUG